GGUUUAAAGCAACUUCCGGUAAUCACAGGAUCAGCUGUCGGCGUUAAAUACCAAGAUGGCGCACUGUCCGGCAGACUGUCCUUCUGAGGCCGACCGAGCCGAGGACCGAGGUGUUCCGAAGCGGUGUAGGGGCCGGCCGAGGCUCACGGACUCAGACCGAGCUCAGAGGCGGCUGGAAUCCCGAAAGAAGUACGACGUGAGGAGGGUGUACCUCGGAGAGUCGCACAAGCUGUGGAGCGAGCUCCGCAGGAGGACCAGCCUGAGUGAUGCUGGGCUGGCCGAAUACCUCAUCCUGCUCAACUCCACUUAUGGAGACAAGAACCAUCAGGAGUCCUGCGGAAAGAAGACCACAGCAGGGGUGACUGGGAAACAGAAAGGAGGUAGGAAGCAGCGCGUUUCCAGCCUGCAGAGUCUGGUGAGUUGGUACCGGGAGCACUCGGCCUCCUGCCCCCACGAGCCUCAGCUCAGAGCUCUGGAACCGAAGGCGAACCUCUCCACCGCCGCCGUGUGGCGCUGCGAAUCGGACCACUCCUUUGUGCAGUACCUCUACUCCCCGCCGAAGGAGAUCAGCGACUCGGAGCGUGAAGAGAGAGGGAACCCCGACAGCGAUGGAGAGGCAGCAAACAAAACGGAGCCUCCGUCGGUUAAAGGCGCGGCGGGCAGACAGAGAAGAAAGGAAGGCCACAAAAAGUGCAAAGAUGAGCUAACUGAUGCCACGAACCAGAUGGAAGAAGAUGGAAACCAAAACCAGCAGCCAAGGAUAGAGGCUUCAUCUGCGCUGACAGGACAACCUGCCUGGGACGCGGUGUCUUUACACUCUGCCUCUGCCGAGGAAGAGGAGGGAGCAGCGCUGGAGGAUGUGGACGGAGGUACAGAACAAGAAGGAGAGGGGGAGAAGCUGAGGACUUUAGCGCCUGAUUAUGACUACAGCACAGCAGCAGAAGCUUCUUUACCUGAUGAAAUGAACGAGGACAACCGGAGCUUGAGUGGAUCCGUCACUCUGAGUUCUCAGCUGGAGGUGUCCAACCCGCCGCCUGCGCAGGCCCAGGAUCAGACCCAACUGUUCCAGCCUCAGCCUCUGCAGACGGCAGCGGCCGACUGCGAACUUCCCAACCAGCGGACGGCGUUAGAAAGCUCCCAGUUGAUCAUCAUCACUGGUCCCAGCUAUGAGGCUUUGGCCUCAGAAGGAGUCCAGCUCAACAUGAGCAGUGGAAACAUGGAGGAAGUCACCUGCACCGUGAUUGGUGGCGUCGCCUACAACCAGCUGUGUUCGCCUGACUUAAAAGUCCGAGACCCGCCAGAGGAAGAUUCCCUGACAGGUUUGAGUGAAGCGCAGCUGGUCCAGAACUCCGAUAACCUGGAGCUGAGCAGCAGCAGGGAGCUGCAGCGGAGUCUCGGCCGGUCAAAGAGAAACCGGCGUGGGCCGGUCAUCGAAGCCGACGGCAUGCUCAAGAUGUUCCACUGUCCCUACGAAGGCUGCAGUCAGGUUUACGUAGCCAUCAGCAGUUUUCAGAAUCACGUGAAUCUAGUUCACAGGAAAGGAAGGACCAAGGUCUGCCCUCACCCCGGCUGCGGAAAGAAGUUCUACCUGUCCAACCACCUGCACCGUCACAUGAUCAUCCACUCAGGGGUCAGAGAUUUCAUUUGUGAGACAUGUGGGAAGUCAUUUAAGCGGAAGAAUCAUCUGGAGGUCCACAGGCGGACACACACAGGAGAAACGCCGCUCCAAUGUGAAAUCUGCGGCUACCAGUGCCGCCAGCGUGCGUCCUUGAACUGGCACAUGAAGAAGCACACACCUGAGGCGCUUUACAACUUCACCUGCGAGUUCUGUGACAAGAGGUUCGAGAAGCUGGACAGCGUUAAGUUCCAUAAACUGAAGAGUCACCCGGAAAAGCAGGCGACCUGAGAUCCGGGGUGCAGGAUGGCAACUCGCGGGCAAACGGAGGCUCUCCUCGGAUCCGCACGGCUAAUGCCUGGUUACGGGGAGCAUCUCGUCGCUGGGAUGAAGCUGAAAUGAGGCGGACCCAGCAGCGGUUCAGGACGCAUGCUGUCACAGAGCAGAAGGGGCUGUGGGAUUUCCACAGGAAAAAUGCGAAGGACGCUCCACAUGUUCUUAAUAACCACUGACUGCCUUAUUGACUACAGCAGUAACUAUUACUUUCAGGGAGGGUGAUUCAGAUCGUUUCUUUGUUUUUGCUGAACGUCACAGUCUGACAUGCGGAGGCCACGCCGGGAUGCCUUACUGUCAAAAUGAAGAGAAUUCUAACCUGUGAAAGUCUAAGCAGUUCUAGAAAUAGGAGGAUUUGUUUUUUGUAUUGUUUGUGUUCAAGCAGCUGAAACAGAAAAUAAUAAUUUAAAUAUACAACUAAUAAGGGUUAUGGUUCGUUUAAUAUUAAAGCAGUGUGACGCAGGUCUGGUGAGCAACCAGUGGCUGUUUCAGGACCUGACUGUGACUUUAACAGCUGGACCGUUACAUUAUGUUUUAAUUAUAGGGAAGUGGUGGGUCACAUGAGCAGUGUCUGUGUAUCCCAUAAAUGUAUGAGCUUAGCAACACGUCUCAGGAAAACAGCCAUAAAAUCCAUUUUAUUCUUUCUCUGUUUCACCGCCUAAAUAAAUGCACUUUUGCUUUUUGGCAUCAA